UUUAGGGAAGGGUGAACACGCAGGAUUUCUGGCAGCUGAGUAAUGCAGCCCGAGAUACAUACGAUGGGUGGAAUUUGAAUAUAUGAAUUUAAAUUAUGACAUGGAUGUACAAAGUCCACCGAGUUUUUGACAUCACUGUGGCCAAAGCAUUGACUAUUUGCAAAUAUUGUUAAACUACUGUACUUGUUUUUGGCAAACCGGCUAAUGGUAGCAAGGGCGCUAUUAUCUGAAAGAAAAAAAAACGAUAACUGAAUAACUCGGAUGACAAAUAUUCACAUUGAAAGAUUUGCUUUAUUUGUGGAAAUAAUAAGGGAUGGACAACAUUGAGGAAGCAGCAACAGAAAGGAUUUUACUAGAACCAUACAAAUACUUGCUACAGCUACCAGGAAAACAAAUCCGAACUAAGCUGUCCCAAGCUUUUAAUCACUGGCUUAAUGUACCAGAGGAUAAACUUCAGUUAAUCACUGAGGUGACCGAGAUGCUGCACAAUGCCAGCCUUCUGAUUGAUGACAUUGAGGACAGAUCAAAGCUGCGACGCGGCUUCCCCGUGGCACACAGCAUUUAUGGUGUGCCGUCUGUUAUUAACUCUGCCAACUAUGUGUAUUUCUUAGGCCUGGAGAAAGUACUGAUGCUGGAGCAUCCUGAGGCAGUGAGAGUUUUUACACGGCAGCUUCUUGAGCUACACCGGGGUCAGGGAUUAGACAUUCACUGGCGUGACACGUAUACAUGUCCAACUGAGGCAGAGUAUCGUUGCAUGGUUCUUCGCAAGACCGGAGGUUUAUUUGGCCUGGCUGUAGGUCUGAUGCAGCUCUUCUCUGUGUGCCGAUAUGACCUCAAACCCCUACUUGAUACAUUAGGCCUACUGUUUCAGAUACGUGAUGACUACGCCAACCUGUGCUCGCAGGAAUAUGGUGCCAACAAGAGCUUCUGUGAGGACUUGACUGAGGGCAAAUUCUCAUUUCCCACCAUCCAUGCGAUCCGUUCACAGCCUCAUAGCACACAGGUGCAGAAUAUCCUGCGGCAGCGUACUGAGGAUGAAGAUGUCAAACGUUACUGUGUAGAUUAUCUAGAGAAGGUGGGCUCAUUUAGAUACACUAGGCAGACUCUGUGUGAAUUGGAAAGAGAGGCAUACCGACUUAUAGCUGAAUUAGGGGGCAACCCAGAAUUAGAGGGACUUGUUGAACAUCUUAGCCACAUUUACAAAGAUAAAGAAGCAGCUUCGACUUUUGAUUGUCAAAAACAGUAAUGACCAAGGAAUUUGUAGCAGAUAAAUUCUGCGUAUAAUUUUCUUUACCCGAUAUGUUUAGGUUUUUGCCUGUGACUGUUAGGGUAUUUUUUUUAUGCAUGUUAACCGCAUAUACAAUAUUCUUUCUUUUGUACACUAUCCUGUGCACAAAUUGAGGUCCAUAAAGACAAGGUUUAAUACCUUUGGAAUUAAUAAGAAUGGUAAUUGCAAGCCAGGUCAUUUUGUCCAACAUCAGUGUCUAGCCUAAUAAAUGCUUUUUUUAAAAA